AUGUUGGAUUUCAUGGAGAGCGUGCAGCAUGCUUUCUACGAGGCAUCGCACUGGAACGUGGACAGUUCGUAUGGCGCACUGAACGCGUCUGCGCGAGCAUUGCUCGACUUCGACAUACCCAGAGGGCUGCGCAUGCAAAUAUCCUCUCUCGCCGCCCCAAACUUUGCCACAUCAUACACUUUGGGUAGUGUGGGUGUCGUCGACGGCUCAGUUUCUUACCUCUACUCGUCGUUGCCGUUGCGUAAGGAGUUCAAGACAUCGCACAUUGAUCUGCAUAGUGUCGUACGAGGUUAUAAGCACACCAAGGAGCUGAGACGGCCGGACGAGCAGUGGUGGUGGGAAGUCUGGCAUGGUGGCCAACGGAUAGACCGGAGAAAUACCCUGUUGUACGGGCGCAUAUUCCUCCCCCAGUCCCGGCUCGAAGCACUCUAUCUGCGACGUCUUACCCCGACCCGCCAGCUUAGGAUUGCUGCUGUGAGCGACUCCAACCUUAACAAUGGCGGCACAAUCCUUACCCUUCUGCAAAACGACUUCGGCAAAUAUAGCACAGAGUACAUGUAUAGCACAGACUCUGCUCUGAUGGGCGUUCGCGGCUUAUACAACUUCGGGUCCGACCCCAGAGUUUCGCCGACGGAACCUGUGACCGGGGGGCACACGGAGCCUGCUUAUGGCCGAUUCAGUGCGGGCGCAGAGCUGUACUAUGGUAUUCUCAAUAAGAGCGGCGGCAUAAGUACGGGAUUGCGCUUCGCCACCCUUCCCAACCAUUCGGGAUUUCCGUACACUAUGACGCUGACGCUAAACCCAUUGAUGGGAAAUAUUUCUUCCACCUACGCUGUCAAGGCCGGCCCGAACCUCGCCCUCUGCUCGCGAUUCGACUUCAAUUUCUACUCUUACGAAAGCGAGCUACAGCUUGGUUGCGAACUAUGGCGCCUACGUAAUACGACUGAUAUCGACUGGGCUCUGAAGAAGCUACGCACAGACUGGAAACGCCCUGCGGACUCACCCACGGAUGAGGUUUCUGGGGUAUUAAAGGCCAAGGUUGAUCAGGAUUGGCGUGUAGGGGUGCUGUGGGAGGGCAAGAUUAAAGAACUACUCUUUACCCUUGGCGCAAGCCUGGACCUCAAGAAAAGAGAACAGAUAUUCCGAUCGAUUGGUGUGGAGCUGCAGUAUGCCUCGUGA